AGCGUGAACGUGAGCCCAUAAAUCGGAGCGUUUGCCAGUUGGGCUCAGUGAUACGUUGGCUACUAGUCUAGGGAGUGCAUGGAGCACUUGGACACAUGCAGGGGUUGGGGUUAGUUGGACUUGUAGAUGCACCACACACAUUUUGUAAAAGCGAGUGCGUGUGAAUGAAUGACGGUUGUGUGAUCAUGACAUCAAAAAUCCACUUCCUCCACGCGGUCGAACACAACACACACACCCCCAGAAGCGGGGAGGGUAGUUCUGCUUCUGUGAGUUCAGCUCCGAGCUCAGCAGUCACCUUAAGGCACAGGCUGGAGAGGCUGAUCUGCAGGGUGGAUAUGACUCGGUGUACACUCUAGAGAAGACAGUACUAUUGUGCUGCUGGGUUUUGGCAUGAUGAGCCUCAGGAACAGAAUCACCUUCAGGAAGAAGUCCAAGAGCAGGCGGACCAGAGUGGACUUCAACCAUCUGAGUGUACAGGAGAAGCCGAAGCAGAUCGAUCCCCUGGACUACGAGGCGGUGAUCUGUGAGCUGCUGGUCGACCUGCAGGAGGAUCCUCUCAGGGAUCUACUGCUCUUCCCUGACAACGACUUCUCCGUCUCCACGGUCCCCCAGGAGCGGCGCAGCCUGCGCUCCACGGUGCCCGACGGUGCGGAGGGCCUGGCCGAGUGUCUGCUGGUCAGACAGGCCUGCAAGUACUACAACUCUGAGCUCAACGUCGUCCAGUUCAAGUAUGACGACUACGCCGGAGACUAUCGCCUGUUGCCCAGGAAACUGUACAAAGCAGAGAAGCUGCCCUCCCAUUCCUUUGAGAUCGACCAUGAAGACAUUGAUAAGGAUGAGGACACCACCUCCCUGUCGUCCUCUAAAGGAGGGGGGGGUGGAGGGAUCGGCGUGUUCCGCUCAGGAUGGCUCUACAAAGGAAACUUCAACAGCACGGUCAACAACAGCAUCACUGUCCGGUCGUUCAAGAGGCGUUACUUCCAGCUGACCCAGCUGACUGACAGUUCCUACAUCAUGAACUUCUACAAAGACGAGAAGAUCUCCAAAGAGCCCAAAGGAUGCAUCUUCCUGGAUUCAUGCACUGGUGUGGUGCAGAACAACCGUCUGAGGAAGCACGCCUUUGAGCUGAAGAUGAACGAGGUGACGUACUUUGUCCUGGCGGCGGAGAGCGAGCAGGAUAUGGAGGACUGGAUCAGCACGCUGGCCCGCAUCCUGCAGAUCACCCCCCACGACGGGCCCACGCCCGACCGCAAGAGCCAGGACCUCACGGACCACCGGCAGGAUGUCUUCGACAUGUCUCUGUCCAAUGGCAUCCUGCCUGAGAGCGAGGAGACGGCUGAAAAUGGGAUUAACCCGGAGCUGGCCAAGUACAUUUCAGAGACGGAGGAGGCGGUCCGCUCGGCCCGCCGGGAGGAGAGGCUCAACCUGUUCUCCCUCGACACGGACACACCCGUCCUGCGGAGCCCCCAGGCAGCGGGGGGGGAGGCGGGCUCAGCGCGCCCUCUGGAGGAGCGUCUGGGCCGGAGGCUGAUGCUGAGCUGCCGGUCCCUCGGCCUCACGCUGCAGGGCUGCCUCAACGAGGCCGAGGCCGGGGCCAUGACCAACAUCGAGCCGUUCUUCGUGACCCUGGCCCUGCUGGACGUGCGCGAGGGCCGCAAGAUGUCCGCUGACUUCCACGUGGACCUGAACCACGAGACGGUGCGGCAGAUGCUGGGGCCGGGGGCCGGCGGCGGCGGGGUCUGUAGCAACGGCACCGGGAGCCCCGUGACCCCCCGGGGCCCGGAGACCGCCCCCCCUGCUGAGAGCAGGUCAGGGGACUGUGAGCUGAGCCCGGACCUGGAGCAGUGGCUGUGCUACCCCACUCAGGCCAUUUUCUCGGUGACGAACCCGCACACGGACAUUGUGAUCUUAGCCCGGGUGGAGAAAGUGCUUAUGGGAAACAUAGCCUGUAGCGCUGAGCCGUACAUCAAGAACACAGACUCCAGUAAGACCGUUCAGAAGAUGUUGAAGUCCAACAAACAGUUCUGCAGUAAACUUGGGAAGUACCGAAUGCCCUUCGCCUGGUGCAUCAGGUCUGUGUUUAAGGACAAUCAGGGGACACUGGACAGGGAGUCGCGCUUCUCGCCGCUCUUCAAGCAGGAGAGCAACAAGAUCUCCACCGAGGACCUCAUCAAGAUGGUCUCAGAGUACAGGAAAGCCGAGAAGACCAGCAAGCUGCAGACCAUCCCAGGGAACCUGGACAUCAACGUGGACUACGUUCCUCUGGAGCAUCCCAACUGCGUCACCUCCUCCUACGUGCCGGUGAAGCCCUUCGAGGACCUGGAGCGACACCCACCCACGGUGGAGGUGGAGGAGUUUGUCCAGGACACCACCAAGUUCACCCAGCCGUACCGUGUGUACAAGAACCACAUCUACGUCUACCCCAAACAUCUCAAGUACGACAGCCAGAAGAGCUUCGCUAAGGCCCGAAACCUCGCCGUGUACGUGGAGUUUCGGAGCUCGGAUGAGGAAGUGGCCAAAUCUCUAAAGUGCAUCUACGGCAAGCCAGGAGGCCCCCUCUUCACCACCUCCGCCUCCUCCACCGUCCUCCAUCACUGCCAAAACCCCGACUUCUAUGACGAGGUGAAGCUGGAGCUUCCCAUCCAGCUCCAUGAGAAGCACCACCUCCUCUUCUCCUUCUACCACGUCACCUGUGACAUCAACGCCAAGACCAACGUGAAGAGGAAAGAAGCCCUGGAGACCCCCGUGGGGUACUCCUGGCUCCCGCUGCUCCGUGAGGGCCGGCUGGCCUCCCAGGAGUUCAGCGUCCCCGUGUCCUGCAGCCUCCCUCCAGGGUACCUUGCCCUCAGAGAGCCGAACAGCGCUAAGAACAGCUCUGAUGUGAAGUGGGUGGACGGAGGCAAGCCCAUCUUCAAGGUGUCCACCAACGUGCUCUCCACCGUCUACACCCAGGACCCCCACCUGAACAGGUUCUUCCAGCAGUGCCAAAAGAGAGAGCUGGACCUUUCUCUGCCGCCUACCUCCACCUUCCUCAGCUGCCUGAAGGGUCUCCUCAGUAUGGACAGACUCCCUGUCAUCAUCCGCUUCCUGCCGGUGCUCUUCAACAGACUGUUCAAGGUUCUGACGGAGAACGACAACGACGAGGUCACCACUGCCACCACCAGAGUGCUGCUCCACAUCGUAGCCAAGUGCCAUGAGGAGAACCUGGACCACUACCUGCAUUCCUACAUCAAGUAUGUGUUCAAGACGGAGUCCCUGGGCUUCAGGACCGUGCACGAGGAGCUGGCGAAGGGGAUGACCUUCGACCUGAAGAGCGGAGAGCCGGCGGCCGUCAGGAGCGUCCUGAGGUUCUCCUGGUUCUUCUUUGAGCUCAUCAUCAAGUCCAUGGCCCAGCAUCUGGUCCAGUCAGACACGGUCAAGCUGCCCCGGCCCCAGCGGUUCCCCUCCUCCUACCUGGGCCGACUGGAGACCCUACUGGAGACGCUCUCGGACCACGUCUACUGGAAGCACAAGGAGCUACCGGAGGAGACCCGCAGCACCACGCUGGCCGUGGCCGCGUUCGUCAAGCGGUGCUUCACCCUGAUGGACCGAGGCUUCACCUUCAAACUCAUCAGUAACUACGUCACCAUGAUCACCGCCUCCGACAGCAAGAUGCUGUGUGAGCUGAAGUUUGAGUUCCUGAGGGAGGUGUGUAACCAUGAGCACUACAUCCCCCUCAGCCUGCCCCUCCCCUCGGCCCGCAUCACAGACAAUGCAUCACCAGUGCCAUCAAGUUGCCAUGUCUGUGUGCCGGAGUACACCCUGACCGGGGAGUUCUGCAGGAAGCACUUCCUGACGGGGCUGCUGCUGCGGGAGCUGGGCCUGGCGCUGCAGGACGAGCAGGACCUGCGGCACCUGGCCCUCGCCACGCUCAAGACCCUGAUGGCCAAGCACUCCCUGGACGGCCGCUACGCCACCAAGGAGAAGCAGGCCCGGAUCGCCUCCCUCUACCUGCCGCUGUACGGCCUCAUCCUGGACAACAUGCCGCGCUUCUUCCUGCGGGACAUGUUCCCCAUCUACUACACCUCCAGCACCCAGGGGUCCCGGGACGACCUGAGCGUGGGCGGGGUGGCGGCCGGGGGCCUGACCCCCCACGUGGUUCGCCAUGGCAACUCAGUGGACGCGUCCUUCUCCAAAGAAGUGCUCAACUCCAUCACAGCGUUCUCCUCUCUGGCGGUUGCCACGGGGACCCAGGCGGAGUGCCGCGGCUCGCUGCUCAGCGUGGACUCCAACCCGUGCAGCGCCGAGGGGGGCGGGGACAAGGCCGACGGCUGUGAGAAGUUCGCCCGCCCCCAGUCCCUGAUUGGCUACGGCUCCCGCUGUGACAAGCUGGACCAGGCUGAGACCCGCAGCCUCCUUAUGUGCUUCCUGCACAUAAUGAAGACCAUCUCUGAAGAUGUUCUGGUGUCCUACUGGCACCGGGCGGUCCACCAGGAGAUCUCGGACUUCUUCAACAUCCUGGAACUGUGUCUGCAGCACUUCCGGUUCCUGGGGAAGCGGCACAUUGCCAGGAAGCUAGCGGCGGCAGUUAAGCUGGCCCAGUCCAACCAGAAGGGCUCUAACCAGCACUCCCAACACGCCCAGUCCUCCCAUCCCACUGGCCUUCUCCCACAAUGGAUGGCGGUGUCCGGGGGCGACGGCCACAGACACGCCCGCUCUCAGACCAUGCCCAUCAUCAGAGGGAAGAACGCCCUGAGCAACCCCAAGCUGCUGCACAUGAUGGAGACGGGUAACAAAGCCCUGCAUGCAUAUGGGAACAUCCCCGAGGGCGACACCUUGAGCCCCACGGACAUCGAGGCCAACCUGUCGACAGAGGUGUCCCUCACCGUGCUGGACGUCCUGGGACUGUUCGUACAACACCACAAGAAGCAGCUAUUGAUGGACGAGGGCCAGAACGUGAUGAAGAAGGUUCUGGAUACCUACCUCCUCUUCUUCCAGAUCAACCAGUCCACCACCACUCUGCGCCACGUCUUCGCUGCCCUCAGACUCUUCGUCCAGAAGUUCCCCAGCGCCUUCUUCCAGGGGAAGGCGGACCUGUGCGGCUGCCUCUGUUACGAGAUCCUGAAGUGCUGCAACCAUCGCUCCAGCUCCACCCAGACGGAGGCCUCGGCCCUGCUCUACUGCGUCAUGAGGCACAACUUUGAGUUCACCAAGGGCAAGUCCAUGGUCCGCUCCCACCUGCAGGUGAUCAAGGCGGUGAGUCAGCUGAUCGCGGACGCGGGCAUCGGGGGAUCCCGCUUCCAGCAGUCCCUCGCCAUCAUCAACAACUUCGCCAACGGGGACGCGCCCCUCAAGAGCACGCCGUUCCCGGCGGAGGUGAAGGACCUGACCAAGAGGAUCCGCACGGUGCUGAUGGCCACGGCGCAGAUGAAGGAGCACGAGAAGGACCCCGAGAUGCUGGUGGACCUGCAGGUCAGCCUGGCCAACUCCUACGCCUCCACGCCCGAGCUGCGGCGCACCUGGCUGGAGAGCAUGGCCAAGGUGCACGUCCGCAACGGGGACCUGUCCGAGGCGGCAAUGUGCUACAUCCACAUAUCUGCUCUGAUUGCUGAAUCGCUCAAGAGGAGAGGCUACUGGAGGGCGGACAAGGCCCGGAUGUCCCACGUGGCUGCAGAGGAAAGCCCUGUCUUUAACCGUAGCUCCUUACUAACCAGCACCCGGGACUCUGACACCUCCUUCUCCAUGGGCUGGGCGGCCUUCAUGUGCAUCAGUCCAAACGUCAAGGAGGAAGGAGCCAUGAAGGAGGACACCGGUACCCUGGAUACGCCCUACACCGAGGACACCCUGGUGGAGCAGCUGGAGCUGUGUGUGGACUACCUGUGGAAGUCCGAGCGCUACGAGCUCAUCGCCGACAUCAACAAGCCCAUCAUCGCUGUCUUUGAAAAGAGGCGGGACUUCAAGAGGCUGUCGGAGCUGUACUACGACAUCCAUCGCUCCUACCUGAAGGUGACGGAGGUGGUGAACUCUGAGAAGCGUCUGUUCGGCCGCUACUACCGCGUGGCGUUCUACGGACAGGGUUUCUUUGAGGAGGAGGAGAGUAAGGAGUUCAUCUACAAGGAACCCAAGCUCACGGGUCUGUCUGAGAUCUCCCAGAGGCUCCUCAAGCUCUACUCAGACAAGUUUGGGGCGGACAACGUGAAGAUGAUCCAGGACUCCAACAAGGUGAACCCCAAAGACCUGGACCCCCGCUUCGCGUACAUCCAGGUAACCUACGUGGUCCCCUUCUUCGACGGCGAGGAGGAGCAGGACAAGCGCACAGACUUCGAGAAGCACCACAACAUUAGCCGCUUCGUGUUCGAGACGCCCUUCACGCUGUCGGGCAAGAAGCACGGAGAGGUGGAGGAGCAGUGCAAGAGGCGCACCGUACUGAGCACCAGCUCCAGCUUCCCCUACCUGAAGAAGCGCAUCCAGGUGGUGGAGCAGCAGAGCACGGAGAUGAACCCCCUGGAGGUGGCCAUCGACGAGAUGUCCCGCAAGGUGUCGGAGCUCAACGCGCUGUGCAGCAUGCAGGAAGUGGACAUGAUCCGGCUGCAGCUCAAACUGCAAGGCAGCGUCAGUGCCAAGGUCAACGCGGGGCCUAUGGCCUACGCCCGGGCCUUCCUGGAGGAGAAGAACGCUAAGAAGUACCCUGACAACCAGGUGAAGCUGCUGAAGGAGAUCUUCAGGCGCUUUGCGGACGCGUGCGGCCAGGCCCUGGACGUCAACGAGCGUCUGAUCAAGGAGGACCAGCUGGAGUACCAGGAGGAGAUGAGGGCUCACUACAGGGACCUGCUCAGUGAGCUGUCGGCCAUCAUGAACGAGCAGCUUCGAAAAAGCAUUCUAGCCUCCGCCGGCUCCUCUCUCUCUCACAGCUCUCUCUCCGCUGCUUUUAAACCGGAUUCCUCACGCAAGACCACGAGGAACGGAACGCCACAGCGCCUUCUGAAUGGCCAGUAGUGGACCAGUAGACCCUGGACCAGUAGACCCUAGACUGGUCCCAGUAUGGGGGGAGGGGGCUCCAUGCCUGUUCACUCUAAUUUUCAUCCAUCCACUUAUUAUAAAAUCCGAUUUCUAUGAACUGUAUCUUAGUUUCUGCCGUCUGUAGUGGUGGCUCAGCCCGGGAACCAGGGAGCAGGAGGGACUAUGGGAAGGGUAGCUCUCAGAGGGGGUCAGCCGUGUGGUAGGCCGUGGUCUGUGUGGUCUGUAGUCUAGUCCUGUUGAAGUGUUGACGCUGUAGAGGCCAGACGGCUGGACUGGUAGACGAUGUGUUUGAUUGUAGAGGUUUCAUCUCAUCUGUAGAAGCGUUUGGAUCAUCGGCCAUUCCUUUACCAUCCGUGUACUCAUCAAGAAACAAAGGGAGGAAAGGGAGCAGGCACGUAAAGUGCACGCACACACACAUACAUGCACACACGCACACACACACACACACACACUCUUUUUAACCCUGCCCUUUAUAAACCACAGAACACACCGGGCUUGUGGUGCGUUCAACCAAACGAGGAAAUGUAACAUGUAGCCGACCAGUUUGUAUUAAACAACGAUUUCUAUAUAUCUAUAUUGCCACUAUUACGCCAUCAUGCUCUUUAAUGGUUUUGAAUGAGAACUGUGAUUUUUAAAAACGGAAAGCGCUUGGAUUACGUAUGUCUUAAGUCCAUGCAUCAUCGGGUCUCUUGAACGCACCCCAGGCUCUGACUGAAUGUAAGCUGCGCCCGCCGCUGCUUCCUCGCCUAACAGUCUGGAAACGUCUGCUUGCAGAUUUUCAAAAAGGAAAAAAAAUAUGUUUUAUAACAUUUUUAUGAUUAUGAUAAUGUCAUUUUUUGGUUAUUAUUUCCUGCACUGUUUUAAAUUGUAAAUAAGAAUUAUUAAUAUUUAAAAAUGUUUCAAAUGUUUCCUUUUUUUUUAUGAAAUACACAAUAUAUGAAUAUUUGUUUAGCUAAAUUAAAAAAAGAACAAAACUAAAGUUUUAUGUAUAACAUUUGAAAUAAAAUCGACCUAAUGUUUAAAACGGA